CAACCUACUCUCACAGGACCUGGACCUUAUAAAUACAACUUCCCUGAGCAAAAGUAGACACAGAACACCUUUAAAAUGGAACCAGUGCAGUACAGCUACGAGGAUUUUUCUCGAUUUCCCGCUGCAGUCUUUUGGAUGAUGGGUUACGAUGUGCUUGGUGUUCCAAAGACCCGAUCCCAGAGGAUACUAUAUCGACUGUAUCGCUUUCUGUGCCUAGCCAGUCACAGCGUCUGCGUGGGAUUCAUGAUAUUUCGAAUGGUUGAAGCUAAAACCAUUGACAACAUACCGCUGAUCAUGCGUUAUAGUACUCUGGUAACAUAUGUCAUCAACUCGGAUACUAAAUAUGCCACCGCCAUGCAACGCGUUGCCAUCCAAAGUUUGAACUCCAAACUGGCCUCAAUUUAUCCGAAGACCACGCUGGACAGGAUAUAUCAUCGGGUGAACGACCACUAUUGGUCGAAGUCAUUCGUAUACUUAGUUAUCAUUUACAUUGGCUCGUCGAUCAUGGUUGUCAUCGGUCCGAUUCUUACGUCGAUUAUAUCUUAUUUUACCCAUCAUGGAUUUACCUACAUGCACUGCUAUCCCUACUUUAUAUUUAAUCCUGAAAGGCAUUCGAAGUGGAUCUACUUGGCAAUUUAUGUUCUGGAAUGGCUGCAUAGCACUCAAAUGGUCAUCUCGAAUAUCGGCGCGGACAUCUGGCUGAUUUACUUUCAGGUCCAGAUAAAUCUCCAUUUCAGGGGCAUUAUACAAUCGUUGGAGGAUCACAAGCCCAGUGUGGAGAACGAUUAUGAGGAUAGACAGUUCCUGGCGAAAAUUGUGGAUAAGCAAGUUUACCUUGUCAGUAUGCAAAACGAUUUGAAUCAGAUUUUUGGAGGAUCUCUGCUUUUGAGCCUGCUGACCACCGCAGCGGUUCUCUGCACAGUGGCGGUGUACACCCUGCUUCAGGGAGUCUCUUUGGAGGGCUGUACCUAUGUCAUUUUCAUCGGGACUUCGGUUAUGCAGGUGUACUUGGUGUGCUAUUACGGUCAGCAAGUCCUGGAUUUGAGUGCCCAGGUGGCCCAUGCCGUGUACAAUCAUGACUUUCACAACGCGUCUAUAGCUUAUAAAAAGUACCUGCUGAUAAUUAUUAUAAGAGCACAUCAACCCGUGGAAUUGAGUGCCAUGGGUUACCUGCCCAUAUCGCUGGACACCUUUAAACAGUUGAUGAGCGUGACUUACCGGGUUAUGACCAUGCUUAGGCAGAUGAUUCAGUAGAGGGCAAUAAAAGCACGGAUUUAGCAACUUUAGCCACGCUUUAAUCGCAC